AUGUUCACUCAGGUCUCUCUUCAGCCGCAGGCGCCGCUGCAGCACUAUGGGCACGACGGGUUUCUCGCCCCGCCGACGGAGGCGACGAAGUCUAUUGCUAUCGUAGGAGGCGGCAGCGGCGGGCUCGCCGCGCUCAAGACGAUCCUGGACGUCGCGAAUGACAUUCACGAGAACUGGGAGGUCGUGCUCUUUGAACAACAUAGAGGUCUGGGUGGGCUUCCUGAGUCGCCAACCUACCCCCUGCUGCACACAAAUACACCACAUCCUACCAUGACCUAUCCCCAUGUCCCAUUUCCACCGGGUACCGAGUUGUACCCGGGGUGGGACGCGGUGCGCCAGUAUCAUGCAGAUUUCGCGACCCAGUUCGACUUGUGGCCGCAUAUUAGCCUCAAUCACACUGUCGUCUCUGCCCAGUGGCACGGGCAUGACGACUUCGGUGACUGGCACGUCGAAGUGCACUCUCCUCCGGUAGACGGAGACACUGAAGAUGUGGUGCUGAAGCGCACGUUUGACCACCUCGUCGUCGCUAACGGCCACAACCACUACCCGCACAUCCCGGAGUGGAACGGGACCGACGACUGGCUCGCGUACCCACGCCCUGGCCUGCCCAAGCGACAGCUCUUGCACUCCAUCUACUACCGGGACCCCGAGUAUCACAGGGGCCAGACGGUGGUCAUCGUCGGCACGGGGGCAAGCGGGCGGGACAUCGCUCUCCAAGUGUGCACCCUGACAACUGCGUACCAGGUCGUUAAAGAGAACGCGACUACCACUCCCGGAGCCGACGUGAUCGAGAAGCCGGAGAUCGCGUACUUCACGCCGGACGCCAUCGUCUUCGUGGACGGCUCGGUCGUCGAGGGCGUCGACACCGUCUUCCUCGCGACCGGGUACGAGUUCCGCGUGCCCUUCCUCAGCGCGCCGCACGCAUCCACGCUAGUCACCGACCGCGACUCGCAAGAAACCUCGUCCACCGCGCAACAGCUCACGACGAACCUGCGGUACAUCUACCCGCUCUACCAGCACGUCUUCAGCCUCGCGCCCGCCGUGCCGCCCACCGCGCUCGCGUUCCUCGGGCUGCCCGUGCUCAUCGCGAACUGCCCCUCGGACUACGCGCAGGGCAUGUACAUCGCGCACGCGCUCGCGAACGCGUCGCUCCUCCCGCCGCGCGAGCAGAUGCUCCAGGAGCUCCUCGACAGGGAGGAGGCGCUCCGCGAGAAGGGCUUCGACCCCUACUUCGUCGGGCACCGCCUGCAGAACGACAACGAGGCGCAGACGUACCAGGACAACCUCGUCGCGUACCUCAAGAAGCACGGCGCGGUCCCGGACGACGGCAAGCCGUACGUCGAGCCGUGGAGGCGGAUGGGCCGUGAGCAGAACUUCUUGAUCAACCGGGGCUGGAAGCGGAUACAGGAGCAGGGCGAGGAGGCUCGGUGGCUGCGGGGUGUGCGUACGGAGAGUCAGUGGGCUGCUCUGCUGGACAAGAUCGCCGAGUGGCAGAGCAGGUGGGAGAAGGAGCACGGUAUUACGGAGAAGGUAGUUACAUUGCAGGAUUACGAGUGGUAG